AUGCUCUUCAGUCAUGGAGCUGCUCUCCUAAGCAUGAGGGGGAUCACGCUUUCCUCCCUCUGCUUACUGAUGCACCUGCUUCAGGAUGAGAUAACGACGAUUUUAGUUGUGGAAAACCCAGACCUGCAAGAUUCGAUUAAGCCGCAGAAGGUAGAGUUUCGUUCGUUAAACUUCAACAGCACUUUGCACUGGCAGCCUGGGAGGGCCAGAGAGGCGAGAGACACCGUCUACUUCGUGCAGUAUAAAGUGUAUGGGCAGAGCACGUGGCAAAACAAAGACGACUGCUGGGGGAUUCAAAACCAUGUCUGUGACCUAACGAAUGAGACCUCUGACAUCCAAGAGCCUUACUACGGCAGAGUGAGAGCCGCGUCAGCUGGCAUCUAUUCCGAUUGGAGCCUCAGCUGCAGAUUCACUCCCUGGCGAGAAACUGUGAUAGGACCUCCGAUGGUAACUGUGGUUCAUAGCAACAAAUCCAUAACACUAAAGCUCCAGGCUCCACGUUCUCCUUAUAAAAGGAAGAGAGGCAGCAAGAUACCAAUGACAAAUUAUUAUGAUCUGCUGUAUCAAGUCUUCAUAAUUAACAACUUGCUAGAUGAGCAACACAGAGUCCUGGUGUACGAAGGAAAAGACAAGGUUAUUAAAAUAGAAGAUUUGAGGCCCGGAGUCAGCUACUGCAUCGUGGCUAAAACGUACGUGCCAAUGCUGGACCGCAGCAGUGCCUACAGCAGCAGGCAAUGCACCGUGCUGCAGUGA